CACACUCUCUCUCACUCUCUCUCUCACUCACUCUCUCUCUCUCUCUCUCUCUCUCUCUCUCUCUCUCUCUCUCUCUCUCUCUCUCUCUCUCUCUCUCUCUCUCUCUCUCUCUCUCUCUCUCUCUCUCUCUCUCUCUCUCUCUCUCUCUCUCUCUCUCUCUCUCUCUCUCUCUCACACACACACACACACACACACACACACACACACACACACACACACACACACACACACACACACACACACACACACACACACACACACACGCGCGCGCGCCAUUGUGUUGUCUGCUAACCCCCUCUAGUGCCGAGCAUCAAACACAGAUGUGCAGCGUUCGCCACCGCUGCUGCCGCUUCUCUGCUCUCCCCCGUUCCAUCGGAUUCUCUCUCUACCUCCCCUUCUACGAUGCUGCAGUGGGGGAGCGGACUGUCAGACUCCACUCUGAUCUGCCCGGACUCUUCUGUGAGAGGAUCGAACAUCGUCACUUCGGUUAUCUCAAGUAGGCCUACUUCAAAGUUGUUUUAAUCGUGCAAAGCUCUUUGCGUGAUUAUGUUUACACGUCGCAGGUAACUCGGGACAUCACGCCUUCGAGACUUUUCUUCGUUCUUUUUCUCAUUAUUCUCGUUUCGGAUACUUGGCCGAUGCCCCCUUGUCCCGCUGCAGCAGCACCACCAGGUAGAGCUCGGUUUGGUACCCGGUUCCUCGGCGUGUUGGGGGACUUGCAGAUGCCCAAUAUAAGCUCGGAGGAGAAGCGACACGGUGUGCACUGUUGGAUUUGCCAGCAGCCGCCGAACCAGGGUUUCUUCCUCGGACCAAAACUGCUCCUAACAAACUAGUGGAUGUCUCGCUGCAGACAUGCGUCUUGGAAAAGUCUGCGUCCUGGUUUCGCUAAGCAUUGGGCUUUUCUUCACUUCUCCGGGUCUCAGUAAUCAAGUUGUGCUGCUGGAUACCACCUCAGUGAUCGGAGAGCUAGGAUGGAAAACCUAUCCGGUCAAUGGGUGGGACGCCAUCACGGAGAUGGACGAGCAUAAUCGGCCCAUCCACACAUUCCAGGUGUGCCACGUGAUGGAGCCCAACCAGAACAACUGGCUCCGCUCAAACUGGAUCUUCCGCCAGGCCGCCCAGAAGGUGUACGUGGAGCUUCGCUUCACCCUGCGCGACUGCAACUCCAUCCCUUGGGUGUCGGGCACCUGCAAGGAGACCUUCAACCUCUUCUACCACGAGACGGACGAGACAGACCACGGCGUCAAGUUCAAAGCGGCGCAGUUCACCAAGAUCGACACCAUCGCGGCCGACGAGAGCUUCACCCAGAUGGACCUGGGCGACCGCAUCCUCAAGCUCAACACGGAGGUGCGCGAGGUGGGGCCCAUCAGCAAGAAGGGCUUCUACCUGGCCUUCCAGGACAUCGGCGCGUGCAUCGCCCUGGUGUCGGUGCGCGUGUACUACAAGAAGUGCCCCUUCACCCUGAGGAACCUGGCGUCCUUCCCGGACACGGUGCCCCGGGUGGACUCCUCCUCCCUGGUGGAGGUGAGGGGGGCGUGCGUGCAGCACGCCGAGGAGAGGGACACGCCCAAGCUGUACUGCGGGGCGGACGGCGACUGGCUGGUGCCACUGGGGCGCUGCAUCUGCAGCGUGGGCUACGAGGAGAUCGACGGCGCGUGCAUCGCGUGCCAGUCAGGGUUCUACAAGGCGUUCGCCGGGAACCUGAAGUGCUCCAAGUGUCCUCUGCACAGCUUCAGCUACGGCCAGGGGACCGCCAUCUGCUACUGUGAGAAGGGCUUCUUCCGGUCGGAGAAGGACCCUCCCACCAUGGCGUGCACGCGCCCGCCGUCCGCUCCCCGGAACCUGAUGUACAACCUCAACGACACCUGCCUGGUGCUGGAGUGGUCCCCGCCCAGCGACGCGGGGGGCCGCCGCGACGUCACCUACAGCGUGCUCUGCAAGCGCUGCGACCCGCUGCGGAGCGACCAGUGCCGGCAGUGCGAGGAGGAGCUCCGCUUCCUGCCGCGGCCCGUGGGCCUUGUGCAGGCCGCCGUGACCGUGGUGGACUUCUCCGUCCACGCCAACUACACCUUCGAGGUGGAGUCCUUCAACGGCGUGUCGCAGAUGAGCACCGUCCCGCCACCGGUGGCCACCAUCACCGUCAGCACCGACCAGGGCGGUCCAACCCUGGUCGCAGCUCUGAAGAAGGACUGGGCAUCUCCCUACAGCAUUGCCCUCUCCUGGCACGAACCCGACAACGGGGCUCUGCCCAUCCUCGAUUAUGAGAUCAAGUAUUAUGAAAAGGAGCACGAGCAGUUAAGCUACUCGUCCACUCGUUCCAAGGCCCCCAGCGUUAUCAUCAGCGGUUUGAAACCGGCAACCUGCUAUGUCUUCAGCCUGCGUACGCGCACGGCAUUUGGAUACAGCUCCUACUCUCCGAAAUAUGAUUACGAAACCACUUCAGACUCCUCUAAGAUCGUGUCUGACCAGAGGCAGGUCCUGGUGAUCGUGACAGCAGCAGUGGGGGGCUUCGCUCUGCUCGUCAUCCUCACCCUUUUCUUCCUCAUCACCGGCCGGUGCCAGUGGUAUAUGAAGGCCAAGAUGAGCUCAGAAAAAAAGAGGCGAAGUAACAACCAGAACGAACAUGUUCCGUUCCCUGGGAUUAAGACCUAUGUGGACCCUGACACGUACGAGGACCCCACACAGGCUGUCCACGACUUCACCAAGGAGAUUGACCCCUGUCGGAUCCACAUUGAAAGGGUGAUCGGAGCCGGUGAAUUCGGUGAGGUGUGCGGCGGCCACCUACGAACGACGGCGGGAAAGAAGGAGAUCCCGGUGGCCAUAAAGACACUGAAGGGCGGUCACAUGGAGAGCCAGAGGCGGGACUUCUUGCGAGAGGCAUCCAUCAUGGGACAGUUUGACCACCCUAACAUCAUUCGGCUGGAGGGUGUGGUCACUAAAAGCCGGCCAGUGAUGAUCGUGGUGGAAUACAUGGAGAACGGCUCCCUGGACUCCUUCUUGAGACAACACGACAGUCAUUUCACGGUGAUCCAGCUGGUGGGCAUGCUGCGUGGCAUCGCCUCGGGCAUGAAGUACCUGUCCGACAUGGGAUACGUCCAUCGGGACCUGGCGGCUCGGAACAUCGUGGUCAACAGCAACCUGGUGUGCAAGGUGUCCGACUUCGGCCUGUCCCGAGUCCUGGAGGACGACCCGGAGGCUGCCUACACCACCGCGGGCGGUAAGAUCCCUAUAAGAUGGACCGCUCCGGAGGCCAUCUCCUACAGGAAGUUCUCCUCUGCCAGUGAGGCGUGGAGUUACGGCAUCGUCAUGUGGGAAGUGAUGUCGUACGGGGAGCGGCCAUACUGGGAGAUGUCCAAUCAGGAUGUCAUUCUCUCCAUUGAGGAGGGCUACCGACUUCCGGCUCCGAUGGGCUGCCCAGUGGCCCUUCACCAGCUAAUGUUGCACUGCUGGCAGAAGGAAAGGAGCCACAGACCUAAGUUUGAGGACGUGGUGUCCUUCCUGGACAAACUCAUCCGCAACCCUAGCAGCCUGCUGGCACUAGUAGAGGACAUUGAAAGUCCCCCAGAGUCUCCAGGGGAAGUCAUGGAUUAUCCCAUGUUCAUCUCCAUCGGGGAUUGGCUCGACUCCAUAAAGAUGAGCCAGUACAAGAGCAAUUUCAUGACAGCGGGCGUCUGCACACUGGAUUCUGUUGCUAGUAUGAGCAUCGAAGACGUCAGGCACAUAGGAGUGGAGCUGAUCGGCCACCAGAGACGGAUCGUCAGCAGCAUACAGACCUUGCGUCUCCAGCUUUUACACGAACAUGACCAGGGCUUCCACGUGUGAGGCCCCCUGCACACACACCUUGGGAAGUACAGCUCAGUGGACUAGAGGGAUGGGAUAUCUAGAAGGCCAGAUGGACACUUGCAGACUGUGCCUCAGCGGGCCACGAAACAGUGGGACCGAACGUUGAGUCUUACCAGAUAGCAGAUCAACUACCUUACUGGACUGAACACACAUCUUCUUCCCACAAUAAUAUAAAGAAAAGCUUUUUAUUUUUUGAAACACCUCCGUGAACUUCCUUGGGCCAAGCAGUGAAGAGAGGCGGACUCUGUGGAAGCUAGCCUGGCCAAAACUUAGGGGAAUGUAAUGCCUUGUUGCAGCAGUACUUUAUAUGUGAAGCAAAGAUACUUAGAGAUGUGAAUUUGCGAAUGUAAUCUGCUUUUUUUAUUACACAUUUUGGGUCAUGUAGCUGCUAUUGGAAGGACGAUUGAAAAUCCUUGAUUGAAUGAUUUAGAAUCCUAUUAUGAAUAUAAUUAUUUAUUUAGCUUUAUUUAUCUCCAGCGAAUCUGGUGUGCUAAUACUUGAAGGAAGAACAAUGAAAGUGUAUAGACAAUUUAUAAAUUAGUAUUAUUAUUAUCAUAAUCUAUUACAUGUUGUUGUGGAGUACUGUAUGUGAAAGACCUCGUGAAUCUGGAUUGUAUGAAAUUUAGUUUGAUUUAUAUAUUAAUUAUAACGAAAAAAGCAAUACAGACACAUGACUCAUCGAGUUAAACUUUGAUAUAAUAGAAAUUGAGAUCAAAGCACUAUCCAUCCACUGUCUUCAUUUAAUCAUCCAUCCGAUUGUUCUUAUUUUCUGGUUGAUCUUGUUUGCCGUCCUGUAGAAAAAACGGCUGCACAAACAGUGGGAAUGAACAUGCCAGCUCCUUCCAGUCAGUAAACAGUACAGAGUCAAACUGUAAAGUUUGACUCGUUAUAUUGUGAAUGAUGAUUUCACAUAGGAAAUCUUUCCACUCAGAUCAACUGAACCCUUCUGAUAUCCUACAUGUGGUAGUUGCAGCAGUACCUCCAAGGGAUGGUACAUCCUACCACUAGUCUAGCAGUUUAACUACUAUCACUACUAUCACUAUGACUACUAGUAUGUGGACAGUACUGAAGUCGAAUUUGGUUCAGCCUCAGUUCAGCCUCAACGAUAGGACCUAACCUCUUAAGAUAAUAUUGUUGAUUUAGGCCCAAUCCCAUUUUUACCCCUUACCCCUUCCCCUUACCCCUCCCCCUUGUUUUGAAGGGAGAAGGGGAAGGGGUAAGGGGAAGGGGCAAGGGGAAGGCACAAGGGGGUAGAAAUGGGGUAAGGGGUAGAAAUGGGAUUGGGCCUUAGUCUCAUUGGAAUCUCCUUCAUUUAAGAAGGGUGCGUGAGCAUUGUUUCCCCAUUGUGAGCAUAUUCAGCAGGAGAGAUGGAAACGAUUGUAGCAUUCUGGUUCAAUGUUUUCUUUUGCAUCAUGACAUGAGUACACAAGAGGAUAAGCGAAUGGGAUCUUCAAAAGCAGAUUAAGUCAUAAAAGGAUCAUAUUGUAUGAUAUAAAAUUCUAUGAAAUAUAAUGAUAUACACGAUUUACGCUAUUGUGACCACUGGAUCCAAUGGAAUUGUAGUUUGAGCUGAAAUGGGUUUUGUUCACAGUAAUGCUGUUUUCAUGAUAGCAGAUGUGUUAGAUGUGUAAAAUGACGUAUAUAUAUGAAAUGGAGGGUGAAGAGACACCGGGAAAAUAAUACUAUGAAACGUUGGUGGCAUUGGCUGCAGUGAAGGUUCCUGGAGACAUUGGGGAAAGGUCAUAGCACUGAUAGUGUAUUACAGAUAUAGCAGAGAUAUGGAUGACAACACAAACUAAAGACCAAGUAAUGAGAAAAAGUAUUAUAAUAUCUAAAGACAUAAUUCAUCAUGCUAAUGUAAAACCGAAUAGUCUCACAAACCCAGAUUGCCUUACAAUACAAUAAUCCUACGUAGAAACACCUUAGAGUUAAAGAAUGUUUUACGAUUAUCAUGGGCCAAUGCCAUUAGUAAUAAGCUGAAUUUAUACAGUCAGAUAUAUUGGAGAGAUUUUUACUGUCGAUGUCGGGCAGAAAGCUGUCUCUAUAUGUAUAGAGUCACAGGAAGGCUUAGCUAAUCAGGGCUAGAGAAUGCAAUUAAAAAAGGAAGACAUAUUCUUACAAAAACACACACACACACACACACACACACACACACACACACACACACACACACACACACACACACACACACACACACAAUUACAUGUACCCUGUCCCUCUGCAGAUUAUAACAAAUAUGAAAUGCUGUUUGUUUAGCAUGUCUUUCUGCUGAGCAAUGGUAGGCUGCUCUUUUGUACGAAGUACAAGUAUACUUAUUAUUCUUGUAUUUUUUAUUUUUCUAUGAUUUCCAAAGAAAUGUUGUAGAUCUUGCACACUUAAUCUGUUAAAGCAGAUAUGUAUUUGCGAAUAAAGGUGAACAUUUAUGGUGGUUGAACAGU